AUGGUUACCACGGGCGGGGCGAGGAAGAAAGCAAAGGUGAGGGCCUACGACAUUGAAGAAUCAAAAAGGAUAUUCCUAUACGCAUACGAACAUCAAUUGAAAAAUGAACAGGUUAAUUGGAGAAAGGCAGAAGAGUCUAGAGUGACCAGCCACAGUGCAAGCUCGAUGAGGAGUCAUUACGUGAAUUCUAUAAAGCAUGAAAUAUCUUUGUACCUGGAGAUGUACGCAGAAGAAGUUGCUAAGUUAUUUAUUAAAGUGAAAAAAUGGAAGAAGGAAGAAAAAAAAAAAAAAAUGAUGCUGUUGCAGAGUAACACGCUGGUGAAACAAAGGUCCAAUAUUUCUUUAGACAGAGUAACCAAGGGAAAAAGCACAAACUAUAAUAAAUUUAAUUCGCUCAUAAUUAGUAAAGCCUUCUCCAUGAAGGGCAACCGUAGCGUGAGUAGCAAGCAAAAUUGCUCCAUUAAUAGAAGAAACGUGGCCAAUGCGAGUACUACAAAGAAGAAAAAAAAAGACAAGGGCAUUUGCUCUAGUGCUAGCGCCAGCGUGAAUGAUGGUAGGACGAAGAGCCAACCGGGAGUAUCUAAAAGCAGCCUCAAAAAGAAAAAAAUAAAGAAAGUAAAAUUUGCACAAAAAGAUACCCUUGCAAUCAAGGAUAAAAAAAUACACAAAAAUGUGGAAAAAAAAAUAGACAAAUGUGUAGCCAAAAAAAUAAACAAAAAUGUGGCACAAAAAGUAGACAAAAGUGUGGCCAAAAAUGAGGCCAAAAUUGCGCCCCCAAAUAACCCAAUCGUUAGCAGCAAUGUAGAAAGAACAAAUAACCCCCUCAACAAUUCGUUCAAUACAGAUGUGAGUGAUAAAACGAAUAAAAGAAAAAGCGAAAAGGAACGGGGGAAGCACACGCGAGUGUCCGAAAACUACCAAAUGGAAGCAAAGGACAUAAUCAAAGGGAGCACAGAAAGUAAACAUGUUAAAAAAAAGGUAAAGGAUGAGAACGACGUACAAAUGAACGUAGACAAAACGGUUCAUGGCCAACGAGAGAGUAACGCAGUGAACCAAGUGGGCCAUAUAAAAAUUUCUAGCGAAGAAUAUUUGCACCAGAAGUAUUAUGUCGAGUCAAGAUCAGCAAAAAGGCAUAGCGACAAAAAUUCUCCUCUUCAAGGAAGAGCAAAAAGGGGCAAACACUACACAGCUAACUACAACGCGAACGAAUUCAGCAGGACAAACAAACCAUACGACACGAAAAAGUCAAGUGGAAACGUUAGGGAAGGGAAAAGAAGUUCCAUCAGCUCUAUUUUUGGGUAUAUUUAUGAUAAAAUAUUCCGCUGA